UCGCUUAUUCCCUUUACAAACUACAAAUCGUUUUAACAUAAUUUACCCACAGUAAUGGUUACCGGUAACUGAGUAAAACGAGCAACUUCUUGAUCAAAUUUGCACACGACGAAGACGGAAUUAGCAGUUGGUACCAUUCGCUGGACAUCUAGGCUUGAGUCUGGACUUAGACCUCGACGUAGACCUGCACCAUGUCCAAAGAGUCCUUAACUGAAGCCGGACUCCAGUUUGACGAGCUCAGUCGGAUGCGAGUUCUGGACCCCGAUGUGGCUCAAAGCACUGGCGAGCUGAAGACGGAAUGCAAGGAGUUUAUGGAGAAAAUCAGCCAGUUUCAGAUGGUGGUGAACGGACUAAUUAAGACCGUGGAUGAACUGGCGAGGGAAGCGGAGAGAGAAAAAGUGAAGGCAAUAGGAGCCAGGAACGUGCUGAAGUCAGUGGCCAAGCAGAGGGAGGCACAGCAACAGCAGGUUCAGGCUCUAAUAGCAGAAAAGAAGACGCAACUGGAGAGGUACCAAGUUGAGCACGAGGCACUAUGCAAAGUGGAAUCGGAGCAAACAGAAUUCAUUAAUCAGUUUGUUCUCCAAAAAUGAACCACACACAGAGGGACUCAACUUGAGGCUGUUCUGAAGCUGUUGUGGUACAUUCCAGGGUGGCAAAUGCCUCCCCUACAAGGAGAAAUGGUACGACCCAUCAGAUAGGAAACUCACAAGGUUCUGAAUCCAUGCAGAGGUACUACGGUAGGAAUUUGUUCUAAUUUAUUCCAGGAACUUGUGGGCAGCUGUUCUGUUUGGAUAUAAUAGUUCUUAAGGGACGAGUGUUACUAUUGCUUAAAUAAACCGGUUCUAGCUUUUAAUGUUUUUAAAGUACUUUACAGUUUCUCCACAAUUGCUAUUUAUCUACAAAUGAGUAUGUGGUAUUUAUACUAUUUAUACCAAAAAAGACAGCUCUGUAUUUAUAGUAAAAUAAAUGUAAAAGUGGUCUGAUGUAAUGUUGUUUUAAUAAUGUAUUUUACAUGAGCAGAGCAAACUAUGCUCUAUAAUGUCUAGCCUUGUAGAAGCCUGUUCAUAUUUGUGUGUGUGAUUAUUGGGACCAAAGGUGUAGCAGCUUUGAUGUUUUUGUUAAAGGUGCUUUGACAUUUUAUGAGUUUAAAAAAUUCUUAAUCAGUUUAUGAAUGAAAUUCAUCAAUAUACGGAAUAAGAUGAUGUUUGAAUAAUGGGCUGAGAGUAUGUAUGUAUACAUGUAUAUGUGUAUGUAUAUACACACACAUUCACAGGAUACUGCAUUUGUGUGUAUAUAUCUACAAGUAUUCAAAUACAAACUUGUCCUUGAUUACUUUUUAGAUGUGAAAUUUAUAUUACUUGAUAAACUACAUUCAUGAAAGUUCAUUUUAAUAGACAUUAUUACAGAAUAUCUAUUAAAAUUUUGCAUUUGG